GCGACGCUGGAUGCAAACAGGCCAAAACAAUCCAUAUCGCGAGCCCUAGUUGGCUGCUAAUCGCCCACUAGAUAAGCGCGAUUAUUUGCAAAAAAUAGCAAAUUCCGUCAGUUUAUCGAGUGCGGGAUGCAAAGCCCCAGUGAUUUGAGCGAUGUGGGCGCCCAGGGGCGCCUCAGGGAGCUUUCGGGGGACGCGCAAAUAGUUGGGCGCCUACGGCAGGCCCUGCUGUCCUGGGACCACCGCGCCACGCCCACUUUGGACGGGUUCCUGCAGGAUGUUCCGCAGGCUGCCCAGGAGCUGGCGGCGCUGUUUUGGCCCCAACAGGACCUGCAGGGGCUGCAGCCCCUGCUGGAGGCGUUUGUGCACCGUGAAGUAUACGAUUGGGUGUUCGGCCUGAUCAAGCCGACGUUGGCUGCAGAGGACUGGCGGCUGUAUGGGCUGUCCAGGGAGUUUUGCCAUCGCAAUGGCAGUCCGAAGCAACUGGGGGCCACGUUCUACAACUUUGUGCCCAAUGCUGCUGUGGUGGAGCUGAGCACGCUGCCCACUAAACGGACGCCACUGGAAAAACUCCACUGCCUCCAGAGCUCGUACGAUUACAUUUUCGCCGAAGUGAAGGGAGCCCUCAUUUCCGUCAUUGCCAAAUACUCAGGUACGCCCCUGUUUCCAAACUCCAAAGAUGAGAAAAAUCGAAAAAAUCCAAAAACCCCAGACAAAGAACUCGAGCUGCCGCUGAUCAGCAACGAGGAGGCCGCGCCCAUCCUGAUGGCGGUUAUCAUGAAGUCGAAACUUUUCUACGCCCACAGCGAGUUGGCCUACAUCCGCACCCUUGGGCGGGGCCUGCUGGAAAGCCACGCCCACCUCAGGCAAAUCUUCGCGAAGUUCGAAGAGGCGCUGGAGCGCAUCCAGCGCCAGCCAAUCAGUGACGCGAUGGGCGACCAGCUGGCCAAUCAGAUGGACGUAUGCGAGACCAUCGAGUUUGUGCAGCGAUCUGCGGCCAAGCAGCCGAAAAAGACGAUUUUUGCUGAAGAAACGGGGCGCGUCGCCCGCUUGAUCACGGCCGCCACCACUGAAACCCUCAAUUUUUGAUGUGCUUUUUUCUGGACAAUAAAACCGGUUUUAUCUAA